UUUUGCUCGUGGUUUGGACUGAUAAUACUUCGCUGUCGCACCGUUCAAAUUCUAACUUGGCAUGGUGAACGAUAGUCUGGCUUGUAGAUCUGCUAGACUUCGUCCGAGUCUUCUCAUCGAGGAUGAGUGUCAACAUCGAAGAAUCAUUCUGCAUGUAAAGUGAGUUGUUUCUAUUACCUGCUGCUAAGAAGCUGUAAUCCGCCAAAGCUUAGGUCGAGAAAUGGUGAAGCAGUCUGCAAUGUUCAUUCUUUUUCUGGCCCUUGGUUUCGUUACUCAAUUCGUUCUGGCGCGUCUCCCACCGGAAGAGAUUGAAGCCCUCAAAAGCAUCGCUAGGGCUAUAAAUAAAACCAAUUGGGAUUUUAGUUUGGAUCCGUGUAGCCAAGCACCGAGUUGGGUUACUCAUAAUGCUCCUAGGCGAUAUGAAAACAGCGUGUGGUGCAAUAAAUGUUCUAAUGAUGGAAGUGUUUGCCAUGUGACAAGCAUAGUUCUCAAGCGUCAGAACCUUGUGGGAGUGAUCCCACGAGAGUUGGCAAGGCUUCCGUUUCUCCAACAAAUUGACCUUUCUGUCAACUAUAUAUAUGGUUCCAUUCCGAGAGAGUUAGCUGUUCUGCCACUUGUGAAUUUUUCUCUUAAUGGCAAUCGAAUUUCAGGGCAAAUCCCUUCAUGGAUUGGGAACAUUACAACCCUUAGAAACCUGUCAUUAGAAGAUAAUCUACUUAUGGGUUCUUUACCAAAGCAGAUUGGGAAUCUCAAAAGCUUAGAGAUGCUUAAAUUAUCAGCCAACUUUUUUUCUGGGGAACUGCCAGAUACAUUUGCUAAUUUAACCAAUUUGAAAUACUUUAUGAUUCGUAGCAACAACUUCAAUGGAAAGAUACCACAAUUUAUCCAGAAUUGGACACAACUUGUAAGACUAGACCUUCAAGCCAGUGGACUUGAAGGGCCCAUUCCUUCAGGAAUUUCUCGUUUGAAGAAUUUGGAUGACUUCAGGCGAAUCAGUGACAUAGUUGGUAACUCUGGUUUUCCACAGUUGCAAGGUAUUGAACAACUGCAAUAUAUGACAUUGAGGAACUGUGGUAUAUCUGGAGAGAUCCCCAAAUUUAUGUACCAGUUUGUAAAUCUCAGACGGCUCAGGGAUUUAAGCUACAACAAGUUAUCAGGAAGUUUUUCAAAACCAUUUGAGAAUCUGGAGCAUACUAAUUUUAUGUUUCUUACCAGCAAUAACCUAUCUGGUCCUGUACCUAACUGGAUGCUUUGGAGCAAAAAUAAUAUUGAUCUUUCUUAUAAUAAUUUCACAUUGGAUAUUCAACUUCAAACAUGUCAAGUGGGAAAAGUUAAUUUACUGGGAAGCUCCUACUUAUUACAAAAUAUGAAUAAACCAUUGCUUUGCUUGGAUGCAAUUCCUUGUACUCGAAAACAGCGGUCAUUGAAUAUAAAUUGUGGGGGACAUCAGGUGACUACUGGUGAUAACCUGAUAUUUGAGUCCGAUAACUAUGUAUCUGAAGGUGUCUCAACAUUUUAUAUGGGUACAAACUGGGCAGUUAGUAGCACUGGUGGUUUCCUGGAUUCUGGUGAUAAUAACAAUUUUAUAGCGAGAACUACACAGAAGCUUUCAAUGCCCGACUCUGAAUUGUAUGCAAAUGCACGAGUUUCACCGCUAUCUCUUAGCUAUUAUGGACUCUGCCUUAUAAAUGGCAACUAUAGUGUUAAGCUGCACUUCGCGGAGAUAAUAAUCACUGAUUACAAUGGGCAUAGCAGCCCUGGUAGGAGACUAUUUGAUGUUUACAUACAGGGAGAACUUGUUUUGAAAGACUUCAAUAUCAAAGCUGAGGCUAAUGGGUCAGGCAAAGCAGUUGUUAAGAAGUUUGAUGCAAUUGUUACACAGAAUAAAUUGGAGAUUCGGUUCCAUUGGGCUGGCAAAGGAACAACAAACAUCCCUACAAGUGGAACCUAUGGUCCUCUCGUAUCCGCUAUAUCUGUAGAUGCCAAUUUCAAGCAUCCAAAUAGAAGCAAAAAGCUUGUCAUCCUGCUAGUGGUAAUUCUUGUUCCGGUAUUAUGUCUCAUCAUUUUGCUUUUAUAUGCAAUUAAGAAGAAACACUAUUUCAGGCUCAGGGAUUUAAUACACCGAGAUCUAAAGCUGCAAACUGGCUCCUUCAGCCUAAGUCAAAUAAAAGAUGCUACCAACAAUUUUAGUGCCUCUAACAAGAUAGGGGAAGGCGGUUUUGGCUCAGUCUACAGGGGUUUAUUGUCCGACGGUACUGUAAUAGCUGUGAAACAGCUUUCUUCGAAGUCAACUCAAGGGAAUCGUGAAUUUCUGAAUGAGAUGGGCUUGAUUACUGCACUGCAACACCCAAAUCUUGUGAGGCUUUAUGGAUGCUGUGUUGAGGGAAAUCAAUUGCUGCUAGUAUAUGAGUAUUUGGAGAAUAAUAGCCUUGCCAAUGCUCUUUUUGGCCCAGAGAAAUGUCAACUGAAACUGGAUUGGUCAACAAGGCACAAGGUAUGUAUUGGUAUUGCGAGAGGUCUGGCAUAUCUUCACGAGGAGUCGAUGCUGAGCAUUGUUCACAGAGACAUAAAAUCUGCUAACGUGUUACUUGAUAGGGAGCUGAAUCCAAAGAUAUCAGAUUUCGGCUUGGCUAAGCUCAAUAAAAAUGAGCACACUCACAUAAGCACCGGAAUUUCUGGAACCAUGGGAUAUAUGGCACCUGAGUAUGUAACAAGGGGCUACUUGACCGUAAAGGCAGAUGUAUACAGUUUUGGUAUUGUUGCAUUGGAAAUAGUCACUGGGAAGAGUGUCACCAAGCUAACCGAAUCAGGAAACCUCCACCUUUUGGACUGGGCGCACAUUCUAAAAGAGAAAGGCGAGUUACUGCUGCUUGUUGACAAGAAGCUGGGGCUCGAUUUCAACAAGGAAGAAGCUCUAAGAAUGAUCAAGGUAGCUUUGUUGUGCUCCAAUUCAUCACCAGCUCGGAGGCCGGCAUUGUCGACGGUGGUGUCCAUGCUGACCUCUGAUAUAAGCGUUACAGAUUCUGUUGCAGAUUCAGCCAUUACGCACGAGCAUCUGACUCAGGAAAUCUGGUGGAAUCCUGAUGGCAAUGAGACUUCUACAUCACAAAAACUGAUACAACCAUUGCAGUGAAGUUAUUUAUUGAUGAUUCUAGCACUUGAAAAACUUUAUACUGUCCUUUUCUCUUAAGACUUCAGGUUAAUGUCUAUUUAUUUAUUUUUA